AUGGACGCAAUCCUAGAGUACCGAGUAUUUAAUUCGUUCUACUACCACAUCAAACGAAGACAUGCAUCCUAUCUGGCUAGUGGACGCCCACCGGCGGUCACUUCUGCAUUGGUUCACUCGGGAUCCCUUGGAGAUGAACACUUUGACAUACCCAUUUUCUCCGGCUGUGCUUUGCCCAUGCAUUCCACCGGCAGUGUUACCAGUAAUACUGAAGCUGACCCCACCACCCUCCAAGCUAACGGGGCUAACGAAGCUAACGGAGCUAGCGGCUUCAACAACGCAACACUAGCAGGAACGACCACUGGACUAGAGCUGCUUUGA